UUGAACGUGCAAACUGAGGACACAAGCAAAUUGGAGUGCAGCAAACAUCAAAGAGGAAGUGAUGACGAUCGUGGCUGCCGGGCCUGCCUUCCUCUUUCUAAUUAGAUUAGAUUAGACAAACCUGAUUAGUUUGCUCUGGCGUUUUCUGGAGGACAGGGGGAGCAGGCCAACAAGUCGAUUCUUUUAUUUGCGUUUGCCCUGCCAGUUAAAUUUAUUUGAAGAGCAAAGCUCGGAGCUGUUCGACCGAGUUCGCUAAAAUAACCGGACAUGCAGAAGCCACGGCAUCAUGGAUUUUGCUGGAUGUUGCUCCUCCUUGGUUCUCUAAUCGCGACAAUUAUAUUGGCCUUUAGCUACUGGAUGUUUUUGCCUGGCGAGGUGCACUUUUGGUCAAUAAUAUCGAGGAAUUACAGUGGUUCAGAUAUCAUAAAGUUCUCUAUGCCACCAGCUUCAGUGCCUGAGGAACUUAAGCUGAGGCAACGUCCCCCGUUCGUGUACCAGAUACUACAUUAAUAGAGUCGCAGAAUAUCGUGUAUACGCUAUGUAAUCUUAUGCUAGUUUAACAAUAAAUGUACAGAGAAAAUGGUUGUCAUCGCAA